UUUUCACAAAAAAAAAACAAACCUCGCAUUUACCAUUGUACCCUUGUUUUAAUAUCCUUGCCAAUUUUCCAUUCCCCCAAUCGGCCAUCGCCUUCAAUUCGUCCCUUUUCCUCUCCUCAGCUCUCCUGUCCAUCAUCACCGCCGUCCACCGCCGUUCACCGCCGUCCACCGCCUUCCGUCCGCCCAUCUGACUCCAGAAGAACUUCUUUUGGUUGCACCGGUCACUAAUUCGCUUCUCUAAUCAUCCUAUUCCUGAAAGGCUAGGUAAAAUAAAAGGCUCAAUGAUCAGCUGCGUUGGAAGUUAAUUUCUUCUCCUCAAAAAGAGAAAUGGUCCACAGUGCAUAUGACUCGUUCGAGUUAUUCAAUGACUGCCCCACAAAGAUUGAUGCUGUUGAAUCCUAUGGUUCAAAGCUUCUCCUCGGCUGCAGUGAUGGAUCCCUUCGAAUCUACGCUCCUGAAUCCAGCUCUGAUGCAUCCCCGCCGUCUGAUUAUCGUUCCACCCAAUUAGAGCUUCUUAAAGAACCCUACUUUCAGGAGAGAAUCAUAAAUGGCUUUGCAAAGAGGCCAAUUACUGCAAUGGAAGUUUUGAGUUCAAAAGAACUCUUAAUUUCUCUCUCUGAAUCAAUUUCAGUUCAUAAGCUCUCCUCUUUUGAGACUGUUGCUGUAAUUUCCAAGGCCAAAGGUGCUAAUGCUUUUUCAUGGGAUGAUUCUAGGGCCUUUUUGUGCUUUUCCAAGCAGAGAAGGGUCUAUAUUUUCCGGCAUGAUGGAGGCCGGGGUUUUGUCGAGGUGAAAGACUAUGGUGUUCCAGAUACUGUGAAGUCAAUGUCUUGGUGUGGUGAAAAUAUAUGCAUUGGAUUUCGAAAGGAAUACAUGAUUCUUAAUUCUAGUACUGGUGCAUCGUCUGAAGUGUUUUCUUCGGGGAGAAUCUCCCCACCUUUGGUAGUGCCUCUUCCCUCUGGAGGAUUUCUUCUUGGCAAGGAUAAUAUCGGGGUUUUUGUGGACCAACACGGGAAGCUUGGACAAGAAGGCAGGAUUUGUUGGUCUGAGGCUCCCAGUCAAAUUGUUAUUCAUGAGCCUUAUGCUAUAGGUCUCUUGCCUAGACAUGUUGAGAUACGGUCUCUUCAACAACCAUUUCCACUUAUACAAACUGUUGGCUUGCGGAAUGUUCGGCAUGUCAUUCGCAGCAACGGUGCUAUUCUUGUUUCACUAGAAAAAUCCAUCAAUGGCCUUUUCCCAGUUCCUCUUGGUGCGCAGAUAGUGCAAUUAACAGCAUCUGGCAAUUUUGAGGAGGCCUUAUCUUUGUGUAAACUUCUUCCACCGGAAGAUUCAAGCCUUAGAGCUGCAAAGGAGAGCUCAAUUCACAUUAGAUAUGCACAUUAUUUGUUUGAAAAUGGUAGCUAUGAGGAGGCCAUGGAGCAUUUUGGGGCUUCUCAAGUCGAUAUCACAUAUGUGCUUUCACUGUACCCAUCUAUUACUGCACCGAAGUCAACUGCGCUUACUGAGCCACAGAAGGUGAUAGAUUUCGGUUAUGAUGCUUCAGAUCUCUCAAGGUGUUCGUCAGGCAUAUCAGAUGAUAUGGAAGCUUCACCCAGAGCACAAAGUGACUUGGAGGAAAAUGCGACUGUUGAGUCCAAGAUAGUUAGCCACAAUACUCUGAUGGCUCUUAUCAAGUUCUUGCAGAAGAAAAGGUACCAUGUUAUUGAAAAGGCUGCAGCAGAAGGAACAGACGAGGCCGUGUCUGACGCUUUUGGUACUAAUUUCAAAUCUUAUGACUCCAAUAGGUCAAAGAAGUCAAAUAAGGGCCGUGGCAGCAUUCCCAUCAGUUCAAGUGGUCGUGAGAGGGCUGCUAUUCUGGACACAGCACUUUUGCAAGCUCUUAUUCUGACGGGACAGUCUUCUGCUGCUAUGGAACUAUUGAGAGGUGUGAACUAUUGUGACUUGAAGAUAUCUGAGGAGUUCUUGCAUAAAAGAAAUCAAUAUACUGUAUUGCUUGAAUUAUACAAGUGCAAUAGUAUGCACCGCGAAGCUUUGAAGCUUUUGCUCCAACUAAUAGAAGAGUCAAAAUCAGAGCAUUCACGACCUGAGCUCACCCAGAAGUUCACACCUGAAAUGAUCAUUGACUAUCUGAAGCCUCUUUGUGGGACAGACCCCAUGCUCGUGCUGGAAUUUGCAAUGCUUGUUCUUGAAAGCUGUCCAAGCCAGACUAUUGAGCUCUUUCUAUCAGGAAAUAUUCAAGCAGACUUGGUUAAUUCCUAUUUGAAACAGCAUGCCCCAAAUAUGCAGGCUACUUAUUUAGAACAUAUGCUUUCCAUGAAUGAAGAUGGGAUCUCUGGUAAUCUACAGAAUGAAAUGGUGCAAAUCUAUCUAUCAGAGGUACUUGAUUGGUAUAAAGAACUGAGUUCACAACAGCAAUGGGACGAGACAGCUUACUCUCCAACAAGGAAGAAAUUAUUGUCUGCUUUGGAGAAUAUUUCAGGGUACAAUCCAGAAGGCCUCUUAAAGCGUCUUCCAGCUGAUGCCUUGUAUGAAGAAAGGGCUAUGUUGUUGGGGAAACUGAAUCAGCACGAACUUGCCCUUUCUCUCUAUGUUCAUAAGCUUCAUGUUCCUGAACUGGCUCUUUCUUACUGCGAUCGAGUGUAUGAGUCUCAGCUUAAUCAAUCUUCCAGAAAGUCUCAGAGCAAUAUAUAUCUUACUCUCCUGCAAAUCUAUUUGAAUCCUAGAAGGUCCACAAGAAACUUUGAGAAACAAAACUAUAAUCUUGUCUCUACCCCUAAUGCUGAAAUCAAGAGGGUAAAUUCCUCUGCUUCAAUCAGAAGCAAAGUAGGUCGUUCAACUAGAAAAAUUGCUGAAAUAGAGGGUGCAGAAGACGUGCGUUUUAGCCCCAGCAAUACAGACAGUGGGAAGAGUGAUGGUGAUGCAGAUGAAGCCAACUAUGAAGGGGGGUCCAACAUAAUGCUUGAUGAGGCGCUUGAUUUGUUGGGACGCAGAUGGGAAAGAAUCAAUGGAGCACAAGCCCUGAAAUUGUUACCAAGAGAAACUAAGCUAAAGAAUUUGCUUUCUUUUCUUGGACCACUAUUGAGGAAAUCCAGCGAAGCAUAUAGGAAUUUUGCAGUGAUCAAGAGACUCAGAGAGAGUGAGAAUCUCCAGGUUAAAGAUGAACUCUACAAUAAGAGGAAGGCUGUUGUAAAGGUUACUGGUGACAGCAUGUGUUCUCUCUGCAACAAGAAGAUUGGAACGAGCGUGUUUGCAGUUUAUCCGAAUGGCACAACUUUAGUCCACUUUGUUUGCUUCAGGGACUCGCAGAGCAUGAAGGCUGGUAGAGGCUCCCAACUAAGAAAAAUAUCACAGUAGAAUUCAAAUGUUUCUGUUUCCUUUCCUGUAUCCUAUUCCCCAUCACAUACCCAGUAAUUUCGGGGCGGUUCGGGUCAGGUUUCUAGUCGGGUCGAUUUUUGACAGGUCUACUCAGCAACAUUCUCCAUCAAUAGUUCAAUACCUGGUUUGAGCUCAAAUUUUGUGGUAGUGAGGAAUCUGUCAUUCGUAAUGCGUGGUGUCUUCCACAGCGAGAGAUGCAUGAGGAGGUAUUCUGAUUUCUGUUGGUGUAUUAAUUUUGUUUUGCUGGUUAUACAUGAAGUAUAUAUGGGUACAGAGUAAUUGGUGAAUGUUGUUGUACUUGGUUGAUUUGAGAAUCUCUUAGAUUCUGCCAUUUUUUAUACGAUUUUUGUUGUAAUUUUGUAUAAUGUAAUACAUGAUUAAACUCUAAACACUUGAUUUUAAAGAAUCAUGCAUUUUGUUUUGCUGGUUA